UCGGCGGAAAAUUGGUCAACUAAAUCCAGAGAGAUGGAGGUCGGACGUGAGUUUAUUGCCGGUUGGUGCGCAGGAUGCACUGGAGUAAUUGUCACACAACCAUUGGAUACUGUGAAGGUCAGAAUGCAAGUUCUCUCUUCAGGAAGUAAACCAGCCGCCACCACAUCGUUGUCCUGUUUUUACAAUAUCAUCAAACACGAAACGAUCUUCGGUUUGUUUAAAGGCAUGGCACCUCCUCUUGCAGCCGUCGCCCUACAGAACGCCAUUUUGUUCGGAGUGUAUGGUAAUGUGCUGAAAAUGUUCUCAUCCAAGAAUGGCGACAAGCCUGCCCUGUCUCACGUCUGUUUUGCCGCGGCUGCCUCAGGAGCCGCUCAGCUCUGGGUGGUGGGUCCUAUGGAACUUAUCAAGAUCAAACUACAGUUGCAAACCGAAGGAAAGCAUAGCAAAUCUUCACACUAUCGCGGAGCCAUGGAUUGCAUCCGAAAGAUUUACAAGACGGCUGGUAGCAGGGGGCUUUUCCAAGGAGCUACACCUCUUAUUUUCCGGGAUAUCCCGGGGUUUGUCGUGUACUUUGCAUCAUACGAGAUCCUUUUGGAUGCGCUCUCUCAAAGAAAGUCUACUACUGACACGCAACCCCUAGUUACGAUGCUUGCGGGCGGCCUUGCUGGAAUGAUUGGCUGGUUCUCCACUUUUCCGUUUGACGGCAUUAAGACCCGUAUGCAGGCAGAUGGGAAUAAAGGACUUUUUACCUACAAAGGAACUGUAGAUUGCUUCCUUCAAACCUACAGGGCAGGUGGCGUAAAAAGUUUAUUCGCGGGCGUAGGACCCUGCUUACUACGAGCAUUUCCGCACAACGCAGUUGUUUUCGUCGUGUACAACUUGGUCUCAAAGUGGUUAGGGAACUGCAUCUCUCCAGUCGAUAAUGGCUAUAACUUGAAAGUGGAUUGAUCCGAGCCAAAGAGAACGCGUAGUUCUUCUAAAUUAAGUGAACUCGAAAUUGGAGACUCUGUAUAACUAUCAUUAUUUAUUUCUCUUUCAAAAGAUUUAUUCUAGAUACUAUUAUUUUUCCAAGGGUUUCUAUAUUUGAGAAUAUAUUUGAAUAAAGAUGUAUAUUGCAUGUGAAUU